CUCGCACCUCGCACAUCCUCGUGUGCUCCAUCUGUGCACCCUAUCGACAUCGUCGCGCUGCUCCCAGGCGGUCAGGAUAGCCGGAUCCCUCAAAGGCACCACGUUUCGGCAGUCAACAGGCAGUGACGACACAGCGAGUUGAUUCCCAUCGUCGUUGUCGAGUUGGACAGACGAACACAACUCGACACAACACGACAACACAACACACCACAUAACACUGGCUGCGCGGCGCAGCAUAUAGGACUUACACAGGCAGCGCCGUCCCAUUCCAUUCCGCGAGAUCGUUCCCACCGGCGGGCCACACCAGAUCCACCUCAGCUCAGCAGCGGCAUAAAUAACCCCUCCACCCUCCACCCCACCUCUCCUCCCACAUCGCCGCACAAUGCGCCUCACAGUCCCCGGCACCUCCCUAACGCUGGACCUCGGCGCGCUGCGCGCGCGCGCCGCGAGCUCGCCCUUGCACCUGCUCACUGGCCGACGGAGCGGCUUCCGCCUGCUGCUUCUGUUCUUGCUGGUGUGCCUCGUGCUCGUCGCGCACCCGUCGCCGCCGCUCCCGCCGAGCUAUGCCGUCGAGUAUCGCGUCGAGCGGACGCUGCCGCAGCAUGAUUACCGGCUGCCUUUUCCCGAGGGGCGGUAUGGGCGAUAUGUUAAAUUCGAUGUGCCGAAAGGAACAGGCUUCAACCACCAGCUUCAGCGGGUCUUCCUGCAACACCACGUCGCGUUCUCGGCCAACCGCUCGCUCGCGUUCGAGCCAUACGUCGAGGCGGACACUGUGAGUCUCCCCCUCCCCUGCAGCGUGGCACUGACGCCGGCGUCCCAGCUCGUGCCCGUGCUGCUCAACAAGUGGCCCUGGCGGAAUGCGCGUAUCCCGCUCUCGGCGUACAUUGCGAGCGUGAUCAGCGGGUUCGAGCGGCACUACCGCGCGCCAAGGGCCGUCACGUCGUCCUUCUACGACUCGGUAUGCCCCCGCUCCAGACAACGGGUCAUCACGCUCAAGACGGAAGCGAACCCCAACGGCCAGUUCACGCUGCCUGCCGACGGCAAGGCGCGCCUCCACGACCUCGAGAACAUGCUCGCCGACAGUGUGAACUGUAUCCGCAUCAAGGGCGAGGUGUUUGACGACGAGUUCUUCGACUCGACAGCGUCGGUCGACAUCGUAGACGCGCUCGCCAAGUCACCCGUCAUGGCGCACUUCACCUUCUCGCCGCGCGUGCUCAAUAUCCUCAACCGCAUGAUGCCGGCCAUUGCGCCCCAUUCGGCGAGCUACGACGUCGAGCGCAUAGCCCACUCGCGGAACAAGGCCAUCAUGCCCACCAACCCGUGGAAGCAUAUCCUUGCGCUGCACCUGCGCCGCGGAGACGGAUGGGAGGCUGCAUGCGAGGAGAAGGCGGCGCGCAGCGCCCCCUUCGUGUCGUGGAACAAGCUCCCCAAGCUGCCAGGUAACGAGAAUGUGCCCCCACCAGCAGACAUGGUCGAGGAUACCCGUCUGGGGCUGUACCGCGCCAAGUGCCUGCCCGACGUCAAGGCGAUCAUUGCGCGCGCGCGCCGCAUGCGCAAGAACCACCCGCUCCUGAGGUCAAUCUACCUGCUCACCGACGCGCCAGACGACUGGACAGAAGAGGUGCGCCGCUGGCUCGCAAGCGACGCAUGGGACAAGGUGUUUGUUGGCAGGACAGACGUGUACCCCAACUUCCAGGACCGCGAGGUCGGUCCGGCGGUCGACAUGGAGGUGGCGCGGCGGGCCGGCGUGUUCGUGGGCAACGGCUUCUCAACCACGACGGCAAACAUUGUACUUUUGCGGACACGCGACGGCAUCCACCCAGAUUUCACCCAGUUCUGGUGAUUUAGCUAGAUUGAUUGGCACACAGGCCGGCACACGGGACAGUGCAUAUGUACUUCAUAUUUCAUGAAUCAUUGUGGCAGUGG